UCCUCUUUUUCUCUGCCACAAGACUGACGAGCAGUACCUUUUAUCUCUGCUAAUUUAGUCUAGUUUUCUUUAGGUAUUGCUAGACUUCGUUCUUUCUUUCGUUAGAAUGGGUUCAGAAAGAGAAGAUUAUAACAGUUUUAGGCUAGCUUUGAUGUCUGUUAAAGCUAUCUUGGCCCGUGUUCCUGUGUUUGUGCUGCCAUUCGCCUGAAGCCCAGUGUUGAGCUUUUUGUGUUGGGUUGGGGAUGUUUGACCGCCUGGUUUCGCCCUCCUUUUCUUUAUGUUUUGCUCAAUGUGGUGAUUGUUACUCUCGGAGUUAAAUCUGGGGCGCUCACCAGCUCUUCAACGAGUGAUCGAACAGAGGUUUCAGAGGAUUAUCAAAUGGAGUGUUCUGCCGAUCUUUACAUUAGCAAAGUGGCGGCUGGCGAUGAUAGCGACCGCUGCAUAGCUCCUGAUUCUGAACAAGAUAAUGUUGCUAUUGAAGAGGAGGUCGUGGUUUCGAAUCCAAGUCAAGAAAGUGGAGAAACCCAGCUGGUUUCUUCCCAUUUGAUUGAUGAGGUGGAUGGAUUUCGAAUCGCGUCUUCUGUCUGCAACGAGGAGAGAGAGAAAGCAAAAGAAGAAGAAGAGAUGCUGAGCGCUGAAGAAUUGUAUGAAAAGUCAGAAAUGUUCAUAGGCAACUUCUACCGUGAGCUUAAGCUCCAACAGAUCGAGUAAGGGAGCACGGUACAGAACCAAGAAUAGAUUGUAACCAUUCAAUCUCUCUAGUCAUUAUCUAACGAGAUGUAAUCGAGCUAAGAGCUUGUAGUAAAACAUGAUCAAUGAGAUAAAAAGUAUAUGUCUGAAAAUACAAAUGGAUCUCAAUGAUGGCGGGCAUUCCCACCUAAUGUUCCAGUGCCUACGUUUUCCUUGUAUUUAGUGAGUAAAAGCGUAAUCGAGUCCAUUCGCUCUUGCCACUAGAAUUGGGAUUCCUAUUUCCCAUUCUAGCUUUGGUGCCAUACCGUGCCAUACCUUCCAAAUCCAUUUUGAUUUGGAGAAGCGAGCGCCGUGAAAGUACAUCCCACUUAGCCAAAUAAAUAUUAUUGCUCGGUUUACCCAACCCAAAAGGGAGCCCCGGGAGCAGGGAUAGCAUAGGUGGCAAGGGUAUAAGAACGGGUAGGGAGGGAUAGGUUGUUCCGGUUGGGCCGGCCCUUCCGUAAAUAAAUAAAAUGGAUGGUGGUGAUGCAGUGGAAGUCAUUGUUUCCAUUUAAUGGCGUCUUAUGUACACAGCAAAA